AUGAGCGGCCUCCUCUCUGCGAGAUUCGCCGGUCGGCGCCUGGCUUGGCCCGUCGGCACUGGUGUCUGCAUCGGCUACUCGUUGCUUUGCCGACAGACGCCUGGUAACUUUGCCUCUCAUCUCACCUCGACCGCGCCAACCCCCAAUCGCGUGCAACAUAGUCGUUCUUUUGGGAACAUCAACCCGGAAUCUAUGAGGCAGCUUUCGCGCGGCAGCAUAUAUGGUUUUGGGGCUGGACUUCUCGUCGGUUUCCUAUCGCACACUCUGGUUCUACUUACCGGCCUAGCCCUGUUUACAUUUUACCUCGCGCAUCGAUACGGCUUGGACCUGCCGCAGCUUCUCGGAUUGAAAACCCGUCUAAACGAGGCCGUUCUGACGAAGCCUUUCCAUAAUGCUAUAUUCCGACUAUCUUUUGCCGCCACCUUUACCCUCGCCGCCUUCGUCCGCUUCUGA